CUACGUGUUCAUCUUCGCGACAGUUCAGGAAGCGAACAGCUACAGAAAACGAGCAAAGAGUUGGAGCUUUUUCAGCAAAAACAGCAGGAUGUUGCCGACAACUUCGCCGAACAGCAACGGCGCCCUCGACUCAAGAGACACUGCACGUCACACGGCGGGAUUCAAACGCUACAAGUACCUGCGGCGGCUGCUCCAUUUCAAGCAGAUGGACUUUCAGUUUGCCAUUUGGCAGAUGCUUUACUUGUUUACGUCGCCACAGAGAGUCUACCGCAACUUCCACUACAGGAAACAGACCAAGGACCAAUGGGCGAGGGACGACCCGGCCUUCCUGGUCCUGCUCGGCAUCUGGCUAUGUGAAUGGAAGUAGUCAUCACAUACAGAGCAU